CACAAUGGGCUAGCUGUGAUGUACCAAUAGCAGGGAUCGAAUAAAAAAUUCCAGCAUUAUAACCACGAAAGCUUACCGCGGACAAAUUGAGGAACUGCUGUAAUAAAUGAAAUCGUUUUAAAUAGCAUUAUAUAUAUAUAUAUAUUUCUCAUUGCAAGAUACCUGCACAUUAUAUGCUUCAUAAAACUUUCUUCUUACUAGUCACAGCAUAUUACAACAGUUUCGUGCAAGUAAAAAUACACAAGUUCAAACAGGUACACGGUACACACGCAUCCAGGUAUUCAAAACAAAAACGGAACUCUCUUACGUCACAGAUCCGAAAUGCUAUGAUUGGUUACUCCAGCAACGAUGUCAUUAUUCUCCCAGUGAUACCGGGAAAGUGUCAGCUGGGCCACGCGUACCAAGUCUAUAUGGAUGCCGAAUUUUAAGCCUCUUUAUAAACUAGCUUCCUUGAAAAUGCAGCAGUAGAAUAUUUUGUCUAACUUUUGGAAUAGAAGAGUGAAAACACAACUGAUUGUUGCAACCCAUAAAACUUGCACAAUGUCUGCAGUGCAAUUAUACAAAGCAAUCAAACAUUGACAUUAUUAGAGGUACGUUUGAGGUAAGGGUGAAUAAACACCAUUGGAGCAGUCAAAGGAGAAAAAAAAUAAGUUCCUUCAACCAAUAGGCAUUUGGAAAUUUUUCUUUAGAUGUGCACGUGACUGAAUUCUUGCCAAUCCUGUUUCUGGUUGUGGGGAAGUAAGUUACUCAUUCACCAUUUUUAGCUCAAGGCCUUCAGUUGGCAUGCUCCGUUGCUAAGGUAUGGUACUUUAGACUCGAGAAUGAAUUGGAUGUACGAGUGUGACUGACGUCUUGUUUCUAAAUAGCAAGCUUUACAGAAGAUUCACUGAACAGCUCCCACAAGACUUGACACAGAAGAAUAUAUUUAAGUUUCAAGACUGGUAAAGAACUUCGAAAAAUUGUUAUUAUGUAGUUCGUUGUGACGUUUCGAAUAUCUGGGCAAAAGUGGAGUUAAAAAUGGAAGCAUUUUUCUCUUACGGAAUUUUUUGCUGAAUUGGACUUCAGCCAUGAAUCAUGGUAUUGAGAUACAGAGUAUGAAAUUUAAAUCAUUUACUAGAACGUGUAAAAAUAUUCAGUCUCCUCUGUCAAAAUUACACAGAGCACAUCAGAAAAACAUGAAAGAAUCAUUUCAUAAUCAGCAAGUCAAAAAUUCAAAUAUUGAAAGAGGUGAACUUUCAAGUAGUAAAACUCAAUGUGCUGAAGAAGUUUAUCAUUCAUUAAAUGGGGAAGAACAUCAACAUAAUGGAGGUAGUAAAGAACUGGGUGAUUACACUGCAUGUCCACAUAGUCUAGCAACAUCUGCAAUAGAUAUUUCAUCAAAAAACAAGCAGAAUUUAAAAUCAUCUGUUUUAGAAGUAAAAGAUCAACAAAACAAAUCAGUAAAACUGAAUAAUUCUCAGGUACAAGUACUGUCUUCACCCCAAGAAGAUGAAAUUAGAUUUGAAGAAGAUAUUGCAAUGUUAGAGAAGAAUGAUGAUGAAAAGCUAAGAAGAGCUGCUGAAAAGCUGCCAAAGAAACGCAAGUUUCAUUUAAUUGAGAAUUAUUCCUUGGACAGUGAACAAAGUUGUAUACCUGCCAAACAACAGCUUCAUGAAUUGGCUUCUUUCAAUACAGUUUCUACAAUAUGUUCCAGACUUAAUGAAACCUAUAAAAUUGGUGAAGCUAACUGUGUGAAUAAUAUAAAUAUAGACUUAAAUGAAUGGAAAGGCUAUAGGGUUCUUGCAAAACAUGAUGGGCUAUAUCAUCCAGGUGUAAUCAUGGAAAUUCAAAACAAUUGUGAUAUUGGUGUGCUUUUUGAUGGAGAACAUUCUGUUUCAUAUUUUUUAAAUGUAGUAGCUGAUGAUGAAAGAAGACUUGACGUUAUUAAUGACCACAGCCCUUUUCCAGAACAAGUUUUUAUUGGAUCUGAAGUAUGUGUACAAGUCGAUACUACAAAAAAGGUAUUUGCAGAAGGAGUUGUAGUAGAAUUAUUUCCAAAGUUGCUGCAUUACAAGGUUUGUUUAAAAAAGAUUGAUGGCAACUAUAUUAAAGUUUCUAGAGCAAACAUACGAUUAAAACUUCCUCCUUGGUGGGCAGAAUUAGAUCUUUCUGAUAAUUCAUCAGUUCCACAAGUUUUUUCAAAGGUUCUACAAAGUGCAAAUGAUUCAACCACAGUCAUACAUCAACAUGUUAAGUCAGUGCAAGCCUCUAAACCUCUUGAGUGGAACUUUAAAGAACAACAUAGUCAACCAACAGUAUUUUCAGUUUUGCAGCCUGAAUCAUCCAUGCUGGUCAUGAAUGAUCAAGAAACAUUCCAACCAUCUAUAUAUCAAGGAAUGGAAGUUGCAACCAAGGACAUUACUUCUACAGCUACAAGAGUAACUCCAACACUAUCUUGGCCACAUUCAUCAUAUAUUGUUCCAGUAGUUUCUUUGGGGAAGUCAGGUGAUGAUGAUGAAUCUUCCGAUGAUGAACUUAAUAAAGAGGAAAUGAGGUUUGAAGCUGAUUUCUCUUUAGAGCCUUCUGUUUCCACUCCACAGUCGUCUUCUUUGUCUAGAGAAAGUUUGACACCUGCUUUUGGGAAUUGUAAAGGUGAUGUAAACAAGACAAACACAACAACUUCAGAACAAGUUGGUACUUCUCGAUCACCAGCAUUUUCGGCCCAGAAAUACAAAAAGGGAGAUAUUGUAGCUACACCAAGUGGAAUAAGAAAGAAAUUCAAUGGAAAACAGUGGAGGAGGCUUUGUUCUAAAGAAGGAUGUACUAAAGAGUCUCAGCGUCAAGGUUAUUGUUCCAGACAUUUAUCUUCGAAAAGUAAAACUUUGCCAGUACCAUCUUCCUCUCUUCUAGGGCAUAUGAAAACAACUCAAAAAAAUUCAGAAUCUGGAUUAGAAGCAGAAUGGGAGAGUGAGGAUCUGGGAGAUGAAACUGAAAGCCAUCUAAUAUUUCAAGAUAAAGAACAAAAGUUACAAGGAUCUUUUAAUAUGGAUGAGACAGAGGCAGCAAAUAUGUUAGUAUCUUUAGGAAGUCCAGGUCCAACAACUCCUGGAAGCACACCUUUACCUAUUUCCCCUCAAUCAGUCUACAACAAGCACAGCCCAUUACCAAAUACAACGGUUAGUAAUCAAACCAAUUAUUUUACACCAAUUGGAGAUCCACGUGUUCACCAGCGAUCUUUUACUGAACAUUCUUCUAUGGGUGUAUGUUUUUCAACAUCAUCACUGCAUAAUGUAACUUUUCCACAUGUUGGCUACAACCAGACUGAUGAAGAAUGUGAUUCUAUUUGUGGUGGAUUUCCACCAACCCAACCUGUUUCUAUGGUUCAACAAAGUGGACAGAAUGCUGUGGUAUGUGUGGUUACAACACGUGGGCAAGAUGGAGUAUCUGUAAUUCAGUCCUCUGCUCCUUUGUCUAGGACUGUACCCCUUGUGCAGGUGCUACCUAGUUACAAUCAUUCUGGUGGACAAACUGUCCACUUAGGUAAUUCAGAGUCUUCUGCUGCUGCACAACAGAAACAAAUUUCAGCACCCAUUUCUGUAAUUAACCAGUUUGAUAGAUCAUCUGUUAUAAAGACCCAGUUUCAGGGUUGCCAGUAUAUGCCUUCCGGUCAAGUGCAAAAGCUAUACACUAAUAAAGACAAAAUAUGUAAAACUACAGAUAUUAACAGGUCAAAUUUGUUGAUUCAUAGUACUGAAACUGAUGAGAGGGACGAUGAACUACCAUGUUCUGAAAGUAAGCAACUUUAUGACCUACACAAGCUAAAGGAAGUGGGAACUUGUGAGUCAAACCAUGAAGGUCACCAGUGUCUGCCACAAUUAUCAAAUUCAAAUGUUCAAAUUCAAAAUAUUGAUGAGACGUCAAACGGAUUAAAUAAUAGAGAAGGUAGCGAUGCACAACCUAUUCCAAUCUUCCCGUGGCAUUCUCUAGUUCCAUAUCUUACAACACCACCAUCUCCACCCAAGAGUGCUCCACCUGCUGUUUCUUCAACACCAGCUUUUCCUGCUAUUACUCAUCCACCUGAAGCCAAGAGUCAAACAGAGUCGGGAUUAUUCUCUGUAGUUUCUAAUGAAUCAAAAAUUGAAGAGGAUGAGGAGGAAGAUGUAUUUAUAUCUACCUCAAAAGCUGAACAAAUUCAGCAAGUUUCUACCACUGCCACUAAGCGAAGAACACAGUCUCUUAGCUCUUUAACCACAGAUGAACCAAAAACUCCAAAGAAGGUGAAAGAAAGAGAUCACAUUCGUCGACCCAUGAAUGCUUUUAUGAUCUUCAGCAAACGACAUCGAACAAGAGUUCAUCAGCUGCAUCCUAAUCAAGACAACAGGACAGUUAGUAAAAUUUUGGGUGAAUGGUGGUACUCUUUAGGACAUGAAGAAAAACAACAGUACCAGAAUUUGGCUUUCGAAGUUAAAGAAGCUCAUUUUAAAGCACACCCAGAGUGGAAGUGGUGCACUAAAGACAAAAAGAAAUCUACAAGCACAUCAGUCCCUAAAGACAGUCGAAAACGUCAAAAUUCUACGGCUGAAGAAAAAGAAGCUUCUGAAGUAACUGAAGAGUCUCAAGAUCCUGGUAUUUCAAAUCCUGAUACUGAAAAUAUCAAGGAGAAAGAAACACUUAAUGUAAAUGCAUCUGGUACACAAAAUGAAGGGCUGAAGCUAUGUUCAAGAUCUCAGUCUUUGUCAUCAGAGCUAUCAUCUCCUAAUGUUUCAAAGUUAGACACUGAAGAUGUACCAGAGAAUGAAGAAAGCUUGCAGUCAAUUUAUGUCAAGCCCUCAGAUACAUCUGAAGCCAUUAGUGACGAAAAUCAGACAUCAAAACAGGAAAUUGAUGAUAAGAGAAAUGGUCAUGCUAACCCUGAAGAGACUUCUAGCUUUCAUCGGGCAGAAGAAGCAGCCUGUGGAGAUUUAGUAGAUCUUAAAUGCCAAGAAAAAGUAACUGCAUCUGACAGUGAUAGUAAUUCAGAUAGUGAGCAUCUGAUAGAGAACAAACAACAACAACAACAACACUUAUCUCCAGUAAUGAAGCAUAUUUUGCCAUCAUGUGUAGCUCAUCGACCAACCCCAAUCAAAGCAAGUCCUGGUCAUGGAACUCAACACCAGAUUCUUUCAGUUAGCUCUGAUUUUCAAGCUACAGGAGCUGUGUUUAAAGUACAGUCUCCAAGGGUGAAGUUGACAACUGAUGAUUCAUUGCUCUGCCAAGGACUGAAGGGAAACGGUGACAAGAUUUUGCAGUUUCAAAAUAAAGAAAUGGUCAAAAAAAAAGAAGGAGAUAACUAUGUCAGUAUGCCUCCUUUGCAGUCCUAUGCUGCUCCUUCUGGUAAAUCACUUUAUUCCCCAUCAGUUACUAACAGCCAGAGUUCUAUGUGUUCAGAAGAUCAGUUGGAGUCAAAACAUGAACCGAUCAAAGAAGCAAGCAACAAUGAAUUUGUUGUAAAAAAUCCACAUAAAACAAUCCAGAAGUUGGCACAAAGAACUGUUCUUCCCACUCCAUUAACUAUUCCUUCGAUAACUGUAAUACCUCCUGGUUCAACCUUAGCCACUGCAUCCACUACUUCAAUAACCUCAAACUUCAGUUUUUCUGUUUCAGGAGAAGCUUCUUCCCCUGGAAGUGUGAACCAUCAUUUCUCUCCAAAACCCAUAAAUCCUAAUCCUGUUCUGACCUGUUCUCCAACUAUAAUUGUACCCAAUAUAUUUAGCUCCUCAGUUAGAAGCAAUCAUCUGCAGCAACAAGUGCCAUUAAUGAGGACAGUAAAUACAGAUGCAGGCCUUGUUGUUAGUCAUCUGUCUACACCAUCAAAAAAGAAUAACUAUGCCAACACUCCUUUCAUGCCUCAUACAGCAUCCAUUCCAGGUUCUGCAGAUACUCCUGCAGUGUUUGUAUUAAAAUCAAGCCAACUGGAUGGUCAGAUGACCGCCAUUGCAGCACAGUCAGAACACAUUCAACUAGCAUCUCAUGAAACAUCUUCAAAUGAAUCACCAAAAUAUCAGUACAUUAUCCCCUCUUUGCCUGUGCAAACUACUGGUGGAACGGUCACAAAAGCAUUGCCCAGUGUUCUCUUGCCAGCAUCUUGUGGGGUUCAAAUAUCUACUCCAAAUAAUCAGAAUGGGAUCAAUAUGAUGAAAGCAAGAAACAAAAGUGCACCUUCAACACCCUUAGCAAACAGCCCAACAAGUGCCAUUCAGGGUAUACAGGUUGUCAGCAACUCUGGUGGAAUCCCAGUAAUUUCAUCGCAUAUCCUUACUCUAGCCUCUCCUGGCCCCCACCUUCAAGUUACUGGAGUCUCACAGUCCUCACCAGUUGCUAAACCAACAUCUGGAGUAUUUCUGCCAUCAGCAACUAGGAUCCAAGUGUCUCCAACACCAAUGACCAGUAAAGCACCAGAACAGACUACCGCAGUUUAUUUCCAACAGGUUGCAUUGUCACCACAGAUAGAUGAGACCACUGUGACUGGAAGUCUUGUUCAGAAGUCAUCGCCUAUCACAAGAAUGGUUCAUGUUUCAGGAACAGGAAGAAGCAGUUCAGUAGUAACAACCUUAAACAAUAGUUCAUGCAGUAUUGUGACCAAUCAAAAUACAAAACCAUCUAAGCAGAAUCAAGCAUCUCAUUUUUUUACAGGAGUAAUGGAUGCUAAGUCUGGAAAUCUCAGUAUCAUUGAAGAUCACAAGGGGGAAUUAAGCUUUUCACAUUCUGUAAAAGACCACAAGGUCAAGGCAUCAGUUGUAAAUAUUCCAGUUGGUGGUGAAGUAGCUGACUCACCUGUCCGAGAUGGUUCUGAAUCACCAGCAUUUACAGAAUCUGAUGCAAGCAAAGAAAGCAAAACAUUGAAGGUUGAUAAUAAAACAUCUGGGGAAGGAGACAUAAGGAAUAAAGAAUCUGUUGGUGUCAGUACAUUAACAAAUAAAAAGAAGUUAUUGAAAUCAAUGCCAUCUUCAGAAAAGACCAAAGAUUCAGAAAAAUUAUCAUGUUCAGCACCAGCUUCACCAUCUCAUUCUCUUGAAUCAUCAUGUUCUAUAGUCCAUCAGCCACUGGCUACUCGUGAUCAAGGCUUUGUUCUUGCUCCAACCCCAGCACAAUUACGUAGAGCCCCAGGUAAACCUCUCACUACCUUAAGUUCAACAUCCAAGUCUACAUCCAAUCAGUCAGUACGUCCAAUACUUCAAAAAGAAGUAGCUAGCCCAAGAAAACCGAUCCUAAAACGCAAUUUUGAUGAUGGAAUGGAUAAGAUCUUAGAAAAAGUCAACUUUGAAGCUAGGUUUGCAAAGCUUCCAGAAUUUGAGCCCCACAGAUCUCCAUCUGCUACAGCAUCUGUUCCAAAUUCUCCCAUUGCUUUUGCCCAAAGUUACCAUAGGCAAAAUAUAUCUACAGAAAAUGAAAAUGGAGAAGGAGGAACCAAAGGUUCUACUAACUAUUCUGGUAUUAAAGGUGAAAUUCAAAGAACUCCAAAAAGUGCCAAGUGUGAAGGAAAUAAAUUCUUUGGGCCAAAUUUCAACCUUGAUGUGGAGAAUCAUUCUUAUCUGAAAGAACUAACAGAGGAAGUUUAUUCACCUCGUACACCUAAGACACCCAAGACACCCAGUGAUGGAGAAAAAGGGCAGUCACGAAGGAUUCUAGACCAGCGUAGGCAGUUGGUUUUACAGUUGUUUCAAAAAGAAGUGCCUAUCCAACAGCUCAAGCCACAGCUGCAUUUCAACAUCAACACCGUGACAUUUUCCCCACCAAAUACAAACUCCAGUUAAAAAUUCGUGAAGUUCGUCAGAAGUUGAUGUCAAGUUCCAGUGUCAAUUCUGCUAAUCCUUCUACUCCAACAUUGGGUAACCAGGCUGAAGUCGAAAACUUCAACUC